GAAGGUGAAGACACUCAGUCGAUGAAAAAAUCCCUUGGAAAAGUAAUACAAGAGAGUAAAGGAGACGUGAUAGAGUAACACAAGUAGUAACGGAGAUUUCUUGACGUAGUAGCACAGGGAGUAACGGAGACAUAACGCAGCGAGUAAAGGUACUUUGGAAAAUAAUAUAAGUAACGUCGAUUUCACAGCAGAGAUACCCAAGGAGUAACGGGGUCUUUGUGACAGAGUGUUGGUGCUUCGAAGUCCUCAAGGGUGAGAUCCUGAAGAGGAGAUUCAUGCAGAGCCUCUUGCAAUUCUUUCCGAAGCGGGGGGAGGACGGCAAGAUGGCGACGGUGCCGAAGGGGAGGCUCAGAAAGUUCACGUCGGCGAGGACCAGAGACAUCCUGCGCAAGUCGGUGAAGGUGGCGGUGCUCACGCUGCUGGUGGUGCUGUGCUACCGGUGGAACCAGAGGAGGAGGUUCGCCCUCGACGCGGUCGCCAGGGACGAGAGAAUGCUGAACGCCGAGCGCCAGGUGGAGGGCCUGAGGGUGCUGGAGGUGAGCCGCAUCGAGGACGAGGACCCGAUGUCAGUGUACGACCAGAUCAUGGACCCCCUGCCUCGCGAGGGGAUUCGAACCGGCGAUGCGGUGAAGGCGGACGAGGCCAGGGCGGCCCCGAAUCCUGGCGAGGCGCCGGUCUCCGAGAAGCGACCCGAUGGCGAGGGAGCCGACGAAAAGUCCGAUAAAAAUGAAAUAACCGACACGGAGAAGAAAGAGGAAUCCGAUAAUCUAUGGGAUGCCGCGGAGAAGGAGACCGGUAAAGAGACGAAAGAAAAGAAGGAAGAAAGCGACGAUGUUGCCGCCGCCAAAGACCCGAAUCCUCCAGAAGAAAACAAAGUACCGAACGCCAUCUCCGAAACAGUGGAGGAAGAACCCGAAAAGAAGACCGAUUCAGCCGCCGAGGAAAUAGACAACACAAAGAACACGGAAUCCCUUCCCCAAGAACCACCAAGACCCGCCAGCCCCGCCUCGAACAGCCUCGGCGCGUUCGAAAAGGCGCCGUCCGAACCCCGCGAAGCUCCGAACGAACCCGCGAACGAAUCCUUGGCCGUCGACGGCAUCGAGGGCACGAUCGGCAAGCUCAAGGACGCCAUCGGAGGAAUCAAGAUGAAAUUAGACGAGAUGAGACCGUCUUCCAAGAUGUAUAACCGAGGCUACGAGAACCAACCGCAGGCGCCGGCGGUGGUGGGUCCUGGUUCGCCGUCGACCGCGAGGGAACUGGAGCGUCCGAAGCGAGACCCGGCUGAUGGAGACUCGGCGGGAAGGUUUGCACGGGAGGAAGACGAUCUGAUUUUCGGACGACGAGAAGCGGGGAAGGAGCGGCGACAGAGACUGGUGAGUCCCUGGGGAUGGACGUGCGUGGGCGGGAGGUGCGUGAAACAAGAGAGGGGCGGUGGGCGUGAUCUUUCGAGUCUCAGCGUCUGCAGACUCACCUGUGGUCCGCAUGGCUCGCUCUGGCCACGCCCCACGCUUGUGACGAGGAUAGGAGAAAGUACAAUAAGAUUCCUCUUUAAGCAUUUGACAGUGGAUACUAUCAAAGCUCACGGCGACGGGGAGAGCCUGGUACAAAAAGCUUUCGACAUCUUUGUGAACAACUUGGCGAAAGAACACGGCAACGAAGAGGCAGCGGGUCAUAUUCCCCCGGAGAUAUUUGAACAGAAGGUCAAAGUGAGCAUCGUGGUGAGCGGCGCCGACACGAGACUCACCCUCGAGACUCCCGAAGCCUACACCCUCGAUGUGGUCACGCAAGAUCAGGUCACCAAGGUCAACGUCUCUUCGCUGAGCGUCUUCGGUGCUCGCCAUGGGCUGGAGACGCUCUCGCAGCUCAUAGCCUUUGAUGAGGACGAGGGAGCCUUCUGCAUUGCAUCGCCCGUGACUCUGACUGACGCGCCAGCCUUCAAGUACCGCGGAUCCUCCUGGAACCUCGAGAGACUUCUUNCGAGUCAUCCCAGAUCUGGACGACCAAGACACGGACCACCCAAGCGGUCAUUCAGGGAGCUGCUCGAGGCCAAGUUCCGCGUCAUCUUCUCCAACUACGACCACUGGUACCUGGACUGCGGCUUCGGCGGCUGGGUCAACGAGGGCAACAACUGGUGCAGCCCCUACAAGGGAUGGCAGAAGGUCUACGACAACAGCCCGCACGCCAUCGCCACUGACCUGACCGGCGCCGCUCACGAGGACCUCAUCCUGGGCGGCGAGGCGGCGCUGUGGGGCGAGCAGGUCGACGACAUGACGCUCGACUCGAGGCUGUGGCCGCGUGGAGCCGCCCUCGCCGAGCGCCUGUGGACGAACCCGAGCCACGACUGGUCCCCGGCUGCCUCUCGCCUCGUGCACCACCGUCAGCGUCUGGUGGCGAGGGGCGUCAGGGCCGACCGCGUCCAGCCGGAGUGGUGCCAUCAGAACGAGGGGCACUGUUAUUAAGGGAAAUUUAGGGAUAGGGGGAAAGGGAGUUUAAGAAAGGGAGGAAGGAAAGGGGGAGGGGGAGGAAUAGGUGAAAGGGGAAUAAAGGGAAACGAAGAAUAAGAGGAGGAGAAGAAAAGAGAUAUGGAGAAGACACAAAUUACAAAACAGAAUAGCCAACUGCAUUUUUUAGAUCUAUUAUAAAUAGAUCUCUCCCAUACCACAUAAUAAAAUAAAAUGCCCUUUAAUUUUCCAAAAUCUAUAAAUACAUAAAUCAAUAGAAUUGUAGUUUUGAAAUAACAGAUUGCGCACAUUCAAACAACAACAACAACAACAACAAAAACAGGAACAGCAUCAAUACAUGAUAUAAAACAGUAUAUAAAAAUCAAUCAUAACAGACUAUUUAUAGUUUCAACAAGCAUUUAACAAUAACCAAAAGACUCGUUAUCAAAACAAUCGAUUCAUUAAAGACCAAACAGCUUUUUAACUCUCUGGAUUGUGUUUUUUUUUAAAGAUAGGAUUAUAUCAAUUAUCAGUUUCCUUCCUGUUAUUAUUUAUUUGUUGUGAUUUGUUUGUCAUGUAUGAUUCUUUGUUUUUUUUAAGAGUGGUUCCUUUUAAUUUGUUCUUAAUCUUGUCGAACAAUAAAAAUAUAAA